AUGUGCCCACUCAGAAAUAUUGGCACAGCCAUUGUGUUUCUUGUGGCAGUGGAUGCGGCCAGCCUUUGCGCAUGGACAAGUGAUGACGCAACGAAGCAGUGGCCCAGCGGAUGGCGUGAUGGCCUCAGAAGCCUGCAUGACCUUCUCCGUUGCGAAGGCUACAACAAGGCGGCCAGACCAUUGCCGGGGACAAUAGCAGAGCUGCUGCAAGCCCUAGAGAUGGAAGAUGAUGGCACUGAUGCGGGGAUAGACCGACAGCGUUUGAAAAGGAGAUAUCGCGAUUUGUCUGUGAAGCAUCAUCCUGACAAGACCCGUGACUCUGCGCGCUUUCAAAAGCUCAGAGAUGCUUAUGAAAUCCUUGAGGAUCCGGUGAAAAUCCUGCUGUAUGACACAGGUGGCAUGGAGCUGCUCCGAAAAUAUGAGGCCAGCUCAGAUGCCCUGCCAGUCACUGAAAGCUUGGAGUUGCAGACCUUGUCCAGACAUCAUCGAGCACCAACAGGUUUGGGUAAGCUCAUCAGUUUGAGGACCAAGUUCGAGAACUACAAGAAGGAGAUGGCCGACAAGAUCAACGAGGCAGUGUUGCCUGCAGGGUCGCUGGCUGCCUGGCCCUCGCCGAAGAUUUGGCGGCAGCAGUGGACAGAGAUCGCCCUGGAGGGUUUCGCCCUCACCAUCCACGGAUGGUCUCCUGAUGGUCGUUGUUUGUUAGUCGUUGCCCACGCCUUGAGCGCGGCAGUGGGACACGUGAAACGCUGCCGUGUGCAGCUCUGGUCGACGGAGGGGGCCGACGCCCCGGUGGUGCCGGUGAUGGAGAUCAGCACGUUGGAGGACUGUCCUCUGCACCGCCUGCGUGUCAUGGAGGGUGGCCUACUAGGUGCUGCGGUGGAUGGCACCGCACGGUUGAUCUCGUUGGAGGAAUCUGCUCCGCAGCACAUCAUCUUGGGCGACGCCUGGAAUGCGGCAGCACCCACUGGAGCCUCGUGGAGGAACUGGCCCCGAGGAGCCAUCGAUGCUUGUAUCUUGCCGUGCCACCGCAUUGCUGUGACGCUGCGGCACCGGCAGAUGGCGGGAGACUGCGAGGAGGGCGACGCAGUGGUGGUCUUCGGGCGGCACUUCGAAGCCAGCAACUACCGGCGGCUGCUGAUGGGUCGCAACAUGGAAGCCGAUCUGCCGCGCGAUGAAGAUGCAGCACUGAAGAGCUUAAGUUGCUUCCUUUCGCAUUUGGAGCUGGAUGCCACUAGCCUGGACUUGGCGCGGCAGCAGGCUGCCAGGUACUUGGACCGCGUCCAGAGCAUGCUGGGAGAAUUGUCACCAGCCUUCAAAAGCCAAGUGGAGGCAGCUGCAGCUUGGUGCAGCCCGGAGGAUCCAUCUCUGCAGCGGCUCAUCAACAACGCUGUGGAGGCUGAUGAUGGGGAUCUGCUGAAGUCUUUGGUGCAUUUCUUUCUCAGUUUACACGCCUGGCACCACGCCUUGCGCAGUCCAUUGCUACCACCGGCACCUUGGGAGGAAGGACGGCUGUGCUGUGUUGCAGAGGCUUUGGAUCAGAGUUGGCGACCCUUUAUGCGAGAGGGCAGCACUUACCGGCUUCCCACCUUCACUUCCCUGGCACCAAUCAGGACAGUCGCUGCACCCACGGAGGAUCCGGAGGAUCCGAAGGAUGGGGUCCCGCAAACCCACUGGUACCUGGAUAUGGAAGGGACAAGCGUCAACGACACAUCGCUGCUGUACAUCGAUGCAGAGCUGGCAGGUGGAGGUGGGAUAUGGAUUCUGCCGCCCUACUGCGUGGUGGAAGUGGUGUCAGCGAAGCUCACAGAUGGCGGGGUCGACUACAUCACAUUGCGACUACCAGGAGACUCUGUGAGCCGCAUGGAUUUGCCCAUUGGGCCGCCCAUGCACCGACUGAGCCUGGACGCCAUGGCGGAGGCAGAAGGUGGCAACAGGUGGUAGGAAUUGUUGUGACUUGUGAAUGCUACAAUUGGGCAUCAAAAC